AUGGAAGACUUCAAGAAACUUCCCCAAGACUUACAAACUCAAGAAAACCUUGAUCGUCUGUUGGAGUUUGAGCAGAAAAAGUUGGAAUUGGAGAAGCUCCGCCUCCAACAAGCUUUCAAGUCCAUUUUAAAGAAUGGCCUUCCCCCUCUUGGCAGUGAGUUUGGAAACUUGUCCCAGUCAUCAAAAAAUGAACUCCAUGCAAAGGCCACUAUUGAAGAUUCUAAGUUCAGGCUCAUUGAUAAUAUAUCAUUUAAGGAAUCAGCAUCAUCAAUUUGGUCUGUUUACAAGAACAAGGCUGGCUGUUUAAAUUAUGCUUCUGAGACUACUAUUACUAGGUUUGUCUCCCUGGUCUUGGAAGAUAUUAUUUAUGGUAUUGGCCAAGAAGAAAGGAUCUCCUUAGCUGAAGAGAUGCAGUUUCGUAAGCAGCAGUCUGGCAUUUGGAUAAUCCACAGUAAUGGCUUACCUGUGGGCAUUAUUGAGAUCAAAAAACCAUCAGCUAAAAUCAUGGAUGAAGAACUGUCAGCUGGCCAAGUUUAUGAUUACUUAUAUUUGCUGAAAUCCUUCUAUGGGAUUGAGUGGCAAUUUGCUAUUGUCUCAACUUACAAACAAUGGCAGUUCUUCUGGUUACCAGGUACUUCUGAUGAUAUAGCUAAGCUGACAAGGGUGGAUGAACCAGACCUAUCAAAUAUUAAUAUCAUCAAAGAACUUCCAGGCAUUCCAGUCUGGGGUGGAAAGGAUGCAACAACUUUCAAGAAGGUUAAUGUUAAGCAAACAUCUCGAGGACAAGUAGUUGCAAAUCAAAGGAUCCAUGCCAGUGCAAUAAUGAGCUCAGCAAGUCCAGAGCUCCCCAUGGCCAUUGCUUCUAUGUUGUUCAAGAUGGCCCUUUCACCAAGACACAAGGUUAAACUGGUGGACACUGAUCGUGCCUAUAUUGAGAUGACUGAAACUAUGUGGAGAUGGGUGGAAUUGCCUUCAAAUCUUCAAGAAGUUUAUUUUGGGCCAAAAAUCCAGAAGGAUGCAAAAAAAUUUAUUUGCUUGGCAUACCUGAGGAGUGGUGCUGAAGGUUUGGUUUGGCUAGCAACCACUGAGUAUGGCACAGGGUGUGUGAUCAAGCUGGCAAGUGCUAUCAAACCACUUGAAUGUCUACUGACUGACAAUCCAGUUGAUGAGGAAAUGAAGGAAGAGAUGGAAGGUGAAGAACAAGAUUGGAAGGAAGCACUUGAUAAGCUACGAGCUGAGGCAGGGGCAUGGAAAACAUUAUGGGGCAUUGAUGCUACUGUGCAGAUGGUGGGUGGACAGCCUGCACUCAUCAUGCCAUACCUGUGGAUGUGUGGCAAAGAUAAGCUGGAUGCCAAUAAGAAACUCAGGAAUGCUGCAGAGAAGGCCCUUUUGUUAAUGGUCUCAAAAGGCUACAAGCAUAAUGAUCUUUCUCCUCAUCAUGUGGGAUUUUACCAGCAGGCCUAUAAGAGUAAAAAAACAUCUCUCCAUGCUGUGUUCAUUGAUCUCUCCUCUAUAGAAAAAGUUCCAAAAGAUGACCAAGAAACAAUCAAGGAGAUGAUGGAGAGGCUUCAUUUAUCAUAA